AUGUCCACCGCGGCUAGUACACUGGCAGCUCCCAGGCAGCCAGAGGGCCUGACCUCGUCGCAGGCGUCGUACACGUCUAACUCGGUCGACAUCGAGAAGAAGGAGGCCGUCGAGGCCGAGGACGAGGAACACGGCACUGUCGAUGGCGAGUCCACAGCUGACGACAAUGACGACUAUCCCAAGGGCGCCAAGCUGGCCAUCAUUGUGCUGGCCUUAUGCCUGUGCGUCUUCCUGAUGUCGCUCGACUUUGUGAGUCCCGGUCUGCUGCCUUUGGAGCCCCCCCACUCUCUAACAGGUCAGACCAUCGUGGCCACGGCCAUCCCCAAGAUCACAGACGAGUUCCACGGCCUCAGCGACGUCGCCUGGUACGGCUCAGCCUUUUUUCUCACCGUCGGCGGCUUUCAGUCGUCCUGGGGCAAGGCUUACAAGUACUUCUCCCUCAAGUACACCUACCUGACCUCUAUUGUCAUCUUUGAAAUUGGAAGUCUCGUCUGCGGCGUCGCCCCGAGCUCGCGUGCUCUCAUUGUCGGUCGUGCCAUUGCUGGCAUCGGUGCUGCCGGCAUCGGCUCCGGCUCCUACACCGUCAUCGUUGUCACCGCCAAGCCUAAGAACCGGCCGCUGUUCACCGGUAUCAUCGGUGGUGCCUACGGCAUCGCCUCCGUCAUCGGUCCCCUGAUCGGUGGUGCCUUCACCGACAAAGUCUCCUGGCGCUGGUGCUUCUACAUCAACCUCCCCAUCGGUGGUGUUUCCGGCUUGAUCAUCCUGCUCUUCUUCACCACCCCCAGCCGCGCCAAGCCGGCCGUCGCUCCCCUUCGCGAGAAACUCCUCAUGAUGGAUCCCGUCGGCAUGGUCCUCGUCAUGGGUGGCGUCAUCUCCUACGUCCUCGCCCUGCAGUACGGCGGCCAGACCGACCCUUGGCACUCCGCCAAGGUCAUUGGCCUCCUCAUCGCCUUCGUCCUGCUCUUCGUCAUCUUCGCUGUUUGGGAGUACUUCAAUGGCGAGCGCGCCAUGAUCGUGCCCCGGCUCAUCGUCAAGCGCACCGUCUGGGUCAAUUCCCUGUUCUCCUUUUUCUUUGCCAGCUCCUACUUCACUAUCAUCUACUACCUGCCCAUCUACUUCCAGAGCAUCGACAACGUCAACCCAACACAGUCCGGCGUCCGCAACCUGCCGCUCAUCAUCGCCGUCACCAUUGGCACCGUCCUCUCCGGCAUCAUAAUCACAAAGACCGGCCAUGCCACCGCCUUCCUCCCACCCCUUACCGCCCUUGCUACCGUCGGCACCGGCUUGCUCUAUACCCUCAACGUCGGCACGUCUAGCGGCCGCUGGAUCGGCUUUCAGAUUCUCGCCGGCUUCGGCUUCGGCUUCGUCUUCCAGAUUCCCAUGAUCCACGGUCAAGGAAAUGCUGCGCCCGAGGACCUAGCUACCACCACAGCUGUGCUAAUGUUCGCAGUCUUUCAAACUAUUGGUGGUGCCUUUAUGUUGUCCGCCGCCCAGUCCGCCUUUGUCAACCACAUGAUCUCCGUCCUGCCGAAAUAUGCCCCCUCUGUCAAUCCGGUAGUUGUCAUAUCUACCGGCGCCACCGAGCUCUGGAAAACCUUCCCCCCUGAUGUCCUCCCAGGCAUCUUGCAGGCUUACAUGGCCGGCCUCCGCGUCACCUUUGCUAUUGCCAUUGGUAGCGUCGGAAUGGCCUUCAUCAUCAGCCUUUUCAGUUCCUGGAAACCGCUGAAUCCGGAGGCAUUAAAAAAUGCUGGCGGCGCUGCUUGA